UUUCGUGGGUGGGGCUCAUGUGCAAAAAGCUACAGGCGUAAUGGCAAAGCUUCUUGUUACUUUGUUGUUGAGCUCCUUUGUAUACUAUGGUGAAGGAAUCCCUAUCAAAGAUAAACCAGCUGGGUUUGGAACUGCUGAGUAUGUUCUCAUUAUUGGUUGUGAUGGAUUUGGAGGAAUGUACUUAGAGAAUGCCACCUCAUUUUUGCCUAAUGUGGAUCGGUUCUAUCAAGAGGGUGCUGUAACAACUCGAGCUAGAGACCAGAUGCCGUCAGUUAGUGCCCCUAACUGGUCAUCUAUUAUAACUGGGAUGGGUCCUGACGAGUCAGGAGUUUCAGACAACAGCUGGGUUCCCAGUGAUGACAACCCUCCCGACAGUGUAGUACUGGAGCUGCCUCCUAUAUCAGGAAAAGGAAAGAUACCUCAAACCAUGUGGCAUGCUGCUAAAGAUCAGAACCCUGCCCUGAAGACAGCAUCUGUAGAGUCUUGGGACUGGAUCCAUUACCUUGUGGAGCCCGACAUCGUUGAUUACGAGUUCAGAGGGAAAGAAAAUGAUUCUGCUUGUGCAGAUGCUUUAAGUGAUAUGAUAGUUGCUCAUCAGCCCAACCUGAUGUUCAUCCACUUUGACUCCAUCGACGACGCAGGCCAUGGCCACGGCUGGGGCAGUCCAGAAUACUACAACGCAGUUAAGAAUGUUGACGGUUACAUCGGCAAAAUAUUUCAGGCCUUGAACGACAGCAGGAUUGUUGACAAAACACUCAUCAUAUUGACAGCAGACCACGGAGGAUAUCGGUUUGGCCAUGGGCUAUUUGAUGAGUCAAAUAUGUACAUCCCUGCAUUGUUCAUGGGACCAGGAGUGAAGAAAGGCUACCAGAUCAGUUCGUACACAACAGACAAGGACUUCGCUCCCACUGCUCUCAAUGCACUUGGUCUCAAACCAGGGGAUUUUAUGGUGGGAAAAGUUGUGCAGGAAAUGUAUGGACAGUAAAAAGCAGUAAGAUCUACACUAGUGACAGGGGGAUUGGAUUUUAACAAUUAGAACCGUCAAUAAUUAUUAUGAUUGUACAUUAAAAUUAAUGUUGACUCACUUUAUACGACAAGUUUUGUAUUAUGAUUAUGCCAUGUGUAGUGUAUAUUAUACAACAUAAAAUUAAUUGUA